AGGCGCGCUGCUUGCUGGCUCCGCGUUUUUUUCGUUUGAAUUUUCUAAUUUCUAUCUAUCUUUACUGCAGUCACUGCAGUCUGUUGAGUAAGGGAGUGUACUGUUGAGCACCGAUUCCGACCAGCACCAGCAACAUUCGCAAAAUUCCCACUUCACAGCCUCGACGCUCUCCUUGAUUUGUGGCAGGUUAUAUUGGAAGAAUUUCAGCCCCCUGAAGAUGAGUCACUCUGUGGUUCAAGGAGAGAGACGGGCUGUGCCAGUGAGAAUGAAAGAAGACGGCGAGGCUAAGCAAGAACAGCCCAAAGCAAAGCGUAGUAAGAAGAUCUUUUCUUCAUCGGACUGGGAGAGUGAGGAUGAUCCUAAGGAAAAUGAAGCCAGCAAAGCCAACAGGGCUAACAAUGAGAAUCAGCGCUCCAGCAAGAACAAUAAAUUCGAGUCAGAGUUGGAGAAACUGCGCAGGAAAAACAUUGAGGCGAGACAGAAAAUGUUGGAACAACUAAAGCUCUUCGAGCUGAAGCAGGAAAUGGAAGAGAAUGUUCAGCAAGUCAAGGAGACUCGGAAGUGCACCAAAUUAGAAGUGGAUCUAAUGGAGCCUCGAAGGUCUGACCGUAUCAAAAGCCAGCAGCCUGUGACUUACGUUUUCACGCCGGAAACGCGCAGAGGUGGUAUUAAUUUUGACACGACUGAAAAAGAAAAGGAGGACUUCUCUUGCAUCAGCCCCUCUACUCAAGUGUUGAGCUUGGAGGAUGCAAAUUGUAGUUUGAAGGUGCGUGAUGCUCGGAAGAUCCUUCUGAACUUGUUUCCAACCCCCGUCGAAUCUGAGGAGAGGGCUGAAAUAGCUGCGGAGGACCAGGGGGAAAUGGAAUUGAUUCCAAAACAAAAUAAUAUGGAAUCUUUGGAGAACUUUCAGAAGAAGAUUGGCUCUCUCACCUUCACUGAGCAGAAUUCUUCAAAGUUUGUGUCUCAAAUAAUAACGUCUUUGGCAUUCAACCCCAUGACGUCGAGCAUUGUGGUUGCAGCCGGCAGUCAUUCGGGAAAGGUCAGCCUGUGGAAGCUUGCCUCGGAGGACGAGAGUGCAACUUCGAUGCUAUUCGGUUUUCACUCUAGCUCCGUAGAUUGCAUCUCUUUCGACGCCAGCAACCAUCAUCUCAUGUACUCGAGCAGCUCUAACGGCUCUUUCUACGAGAGCGACCUGAACAAGCAGAGCUUCUCGCUUGUCUGCGAGAGUGGGAUGCGCGGGAAGAGCUGGCAUUCCCAGGUGAAGCCAAAGGUCUUUCUGCUCAGCCAGGGAUGUAGAGGCGUCGCCAUUGUUGAUCUUCGGCAAGAGUCUACUCGGUUUACUACCUACAGGUGCAAAGAUGAAGUCAUCUGUGCCAGCGCGCACCCUGUUGACAUGUACUUUGCCACGCUGUCCAUGAGCACGAAGCUGGCCAUUUGGGAUGUGCGACAAACAAAAGAGGAGCUGUCAUCAGUGUCUCUUGGAAGGUUUUCUAACGAGCGUGGCAGGUCUUGUUUCUUCUCGCCUGUGACUGGCAACCUGGCUCUGGUGACCACCAACAAGUUUUUAAAUAUCGUCGACACUCGUGAUCUGGACAGGCCCAAACUGCAUCUGACAUAUCCCUCAAGCAACAGUGACAGAAAAGUCGCUAUUUGGCACCCUCAGAGAGAAGAUGUCUUUCUCACUGGCUCGCUGGAAAAGUUGGAUCUGUUUCAGGUAGGCCACGCGGUUGAACCUCUGACCAGCCUGAGCCACAAGUGCGACAUAAGAUCCACGCGCGCCAGUGAGGUUGUCUUUGCCUUCCAUCCCAGCAUGCCUGCUGUCGCAGUCGGAAAUGCCAAUGGAAAGGUGUCUGUCCUGAUGUAACGUGAUUUUUGUGUUUCAUGCUGAGUUGCAAGAAUGUUUUUUUUAUGUUGAUGUUGAAAGCAAGUGGCGUGAUUCAAGUUAUUCCACUUUUCCAUUGAUGGUUAAUGAUAAAAUGAAUGGAUAUUCCAUUUCCCUUCUUAUGCUAAAAUUCUGAAUUUAUGUAUUGAAGCUAAAUAAUAUCUCUUAUUUAAAGUGUUGCACUCAGCGAGUGAAGGAUUUGCAUUGAUUUACAAGAAAUUGUUUUGAUUGCUUGAAACUUGUCGAUUGAAGACAAAAUCUUGUUUUAAACAAUGGGACAAACAUUGAAUCUAAAGGCCUAGAAGAUCUUGAACUCGUACGCUGUUGCUUGUUUGCUUUCUACGUACACGAAUCUAUUUCUAAUUAAAUAUCUUUUGAAUAAAUUAUUUGAAA